CGCGCAGGUUUUUUAUUAUUAUUAUUAUUUUUAUUUUUUUGGGGAGUUGGGAUGGGGUGGGGCGUAUGACAGGAAGCUGGGGAUAUGGCGAGUAGAGGGGGAUAUGGAGAGGAGGAGGAUGUGGACGAGGAGGACGGCGAGAAUAGCGAGGACGACGACGAGGAGGAGGAGCAGAUAUGGGGGAGGAGAAGAGAUGGACGGAGGGAAAGAGGAAGGGCGGGAGGAGGACGAGUGGGAGGAGGAGGAGACAUGGACGGAGAGGAAGAGGAGGACAUAAGGAAGGUAAGGAGACGAGGAGGCAUGGAAGAUGGCGAAGUACGAGGAGGACGAGGAGACAAGGAGGAUGAGGAAGGGCAGGAGGAGGACGAACAGGAGGAGGAGACAUGGAGGGCAGGAGGAGGAGACAUGGAGGGCAGGAGGAGGACGAAAAGGAGGAAACGAAAAGGAGAAGGGAGGAGGAGACAUGGAGGAGGAGGAAGGGGAGGAGGAGCAAGGUGAGGCAGCACUCCUGCAAUUUUUUUUUUUUCAUCCCGCUUAUAAUUUUGGCGGGGGGUCUCGAACGCACCGUUUCGAAC